CGGAGGACGACACGAUCCAUCGAUAAGACGGACUACAACAGGCGUUUUCACGUUAAAAUGCGGCUCUCUUCACAUUAUUAAUCCUAGCCGCUUUAAACGAUGGAUAAUGGUGUUUUUGGCGGAUGGACUGAAACGGGAACACUGACCUAAAAAUAAUUUAAUGGGGAAAAUAAGCAGAGUCUCAUUAAGAUGACACGCACAGAUAGGCCUGACAUACUAGGAUCGACAGUGUAUCAAGAUGUCAAAGUGAAUUCCCUCUCAACCCACUCAAAAUCCUAUAAUCCCUCAAAACAAUGUGAUUCCUCAUCUAUCAGCAAACUGGACACUCUAAAAAAAGGCUGUAUCUUUGACACUGAGUCUAAGGACAAACUUAAGUAUCAUACAAUAGCAAUGGAGUACCCAUACAGAAGGGCUGAGAGGUACGCGGCCAAUCCAGAGGUUGCCUGGAAUGCCUUAGGUCGCCAACAAGGGCAUGGACUCCACCGUUUUUCUUCUCCAGACCUGAUUAACUACCGUCUAGCCACCCAGCCAGCAUCUGCUGACAUGCCUGCUGAAAUCGCUGUGACAGAAUUAAAGAGGAGGGCCAGAUCAAGAAGUGCCUCAAGGGUUCAGACCAGCCUCACCCCGGUAUCAUUCGAUGCCUCACCUCCGGUUGCAAGGAGGGGCAGGGAAGCUCAAAGGGCACAUAGAAUCCCUCAGCCAAGGCCAGAAGUUUCCCCAAGGAGAGUGUCUUCCCAUGCCAUUACGCGGGCACAUAUAAAUGAAGUACACCCCAUCAAAUUGCAGCCACAGAGGACUGAUACAAGCCGGUAUUCCCCUAUAUAUGUUUCUGAAGGCUUUGAUGAAGGAAGGCCAGAGAAACCUAAAACUAGUCCUCAUGUUCGGUGCCGGGUGGAUAUUAAACCAGAUGAGUCAGCUGUGCAAAAAGGUGGUGGGAAGGCGGCUACUCCCCAAGUGGACAUACCUUGGCAAAAGUAUCCUAGCAGUGGCAAUCGGAGUUUGAUAGUGCCUCGCCAUUUCUCCACCUCUAGAACGCCAACACCCACUGAAUCCCUAACAGGAGAGUACAGGCAGGCAUACCAGUAUUCCCAAAGUAUGCCAAAUAGUUACAUGCAGCCUGUGGAGAUCCCCUUACAAAAGGUGGUCUCGACACGGGAGCCAAGGGAACACCAUGGAAGGGAACGAAGGGCUCAUUCAAGUCCCAACGUGCCAACUAAAUUCUUCUAUGCAGAGGAUUUGGGGAAGUAUGGAUCUUCGGCUCCAUCGAGGACAUACUUUCAAGAUGACCGAUACAGCAUUCCGUGCCAAACCUACUCACCUAAAGUACAAUACAUUCAAGAUCCAAGGACUCACAUUGUUCAUACUGUACCUUCCCGAUCAUAUUUAACAGAACUUGACCAUUAUCAUUAUUCUGGACAACAUGUAUACCCCAAACCCUAUGCUGGAAGUGAACCAGGGGCAUAUAUAAUACAGACACCCCCAGCAAGAACUUUCUAUGGGGAUGACCCAAGGACAUACCAGAUACAAACAGCCCCUCCUCGCAUUUUCUACAUGGCCGACCACUUCACACCAUCAAUGGAGCAUCAUAUUCCAGCAAGGGCAUAUUACACAGAAGGCAGAAGACAUGUCCGUGUAGUUCAGCCACAAUCAGAUGACUGGUAUGGCUCAGAGGUGUCUGGCUACUCUAGCCACUACCCCUCCUCCUAUGUCUCACAGGUUACUCCUACAAGAGUUAGACAAGAGCCAAAGCUAACACCUUGGUAUGCAAACCCAUGCAUGGAGCCUACAAAAACCGUAACAGACCCAAGACCUCACUCACGGUCUUGGGAUAACAUCCUUGAUACCCAUAAAGUGAGGGAACAACCUGUGCCCCGAGGAAAGAGUGAUGAAAAUCUUCUAUGCCAAGAAAUACAAACUGAAAGACCAAAACCUGUGGUUGUUAACCUCUCGAGCUCGCCAAGGCGUUAUGCCGCUCUGUCCUUAUCUGAAAACUCUUUGAUUGAAAAAAGCCCAACUGAGGCCAAGAGAUCUUUGAGCAAACUAUUAUCUGUCACGCCGGAAAUUACAAUCACAGACAACGACAUCAGACCAAGCAACCUGUGUAAAUCAGAACCACGCUCUGCAAGUUGGGAUGUGCUGGAUUCAAAACGUCAAGACACCCCUAAACGUGAAGCAAAGUCCCACUCUGUAGAAUCUACCAAAGAAAAGAUGCACAGCGCCACAUCCCUAAAGCAAAGUUUAGAGCAGCUUGAUGAGCUUCUAGCUGACCUUGCCAUUGAUUACACACCACCAGCUAGGGGGACCAGCGAAGGCCUCAUUGAUCAGCUCAAAAAACUCAUUAAUGAAGAAGAAGCAUUAUCUUCAGUAAGAAAGGAUUCAACAGCAGGGUCUGAAAGUGGUAUGCCCCUUGACAAACAACCUACUUCAAUAAAAAUGUAUCCUGAUACUCUAAGAGAUACUGAUUGGAGUUGUGAUGGGCUCAGAAGUAAGGAGGAGUGCUCCCCUGACCAGAGCCCAGAUGAGGAUGACACAAUGAUGUGUUCAAACAACAAAUGCCGUCGGACCGAGACGUUGUUUAAUGCUUGCCUCUACUUUAAAUCCUGCCACAGCUGUUACACCUACUACUGCUCUCGCAACUGUCGCCGUGAAGACUGGGAUGUCCAUAAGGAGAGCUGUCUUUAUGGGCGAAUUGGUAGUGUGUGCCGCCACAUUAUUAAGCACUGUCGAGAAACGGCGGAGGUCCACAAAGCUUUCUCCCGUAUAGCCAAAGUGGGAUACCUAUCUCGGGGAAGGGGUGUGCUGUUUUUGGGAUUUCCAAAUCCAGGUUCAUCCACCAAUUUUCUUCAGUUUGGACUCGAAAGUUUACUCAUGUCUCCAACAUACUUAUCACUUCGUGAGCUGGAGAGCUUUAAGGAUAACCUUGGGGAUUAUUGUAAGGAGCUUCAAGAGGCAGGAAAGGAAUAUGACCCUAAUGAAUGUUUCCUCUUAAACGUAUCCAUCGCUGUUGGCGAUCAAGUGCCUGACAGACCAUCGCCAAGGGUCCAAGCCCCAACCGUCAGGAAGUUUGCCAAGAUAGCUCUAGCCUCCUAUAGCCCAGAAAAGAAGGCCUAUCGGAAGGAAAGCGACAUGGAGACGUUGAUCCUCACCCCACCUCCAGGUAUGGCUGAUAUUGACAAUGAAGGCGAGAAGGGACGGAAAGCCAGGGAGAUAUGCUUCAUCAACAUUCAGCGGGAGUUGAGGAUACGUGGGGUGUUCCUUCGCCAUGAGUAUCCCAAUGUCUACCAAAAGCUCUGUGAAUUUGUUGAGAACAACAGGAGGUUCACGCCCACCACUAUUUACCCUAUUGAUAAAAGGACCGGAAAGCAGUUUAUGUGUAUGAUUAUGGCAGGGUCUGAGCCACGGACUUUGGACUGGGUAGCCAACCCACACCUUCUAGAUGACAUUAUUUAAACAAGUGCACCUUUUAUAUAUUAAUGCAUAGAUCUGACUACAGCACAUAUCACUUUACGAUAUACAGGAUCAAGCUUAUUUGUUAUACAUGUUUGUAGAUACAUAUUUUGUUAUUGGAAAAAGAUGUAUUCAUGUCUGCAAGGUCACUAUUAUUCAACGUUGGAAUAUUGCUGAUACGAGUAAUCCAUAUUGUUAAUUCAUGAACUUGUUAUUGUUAUCUAGUGCAAGGGUUGGUUAAUGUAUGCUUACUUUUCAGUGGCAGUUAUUGCCUUCCAAUUUGGUACCAAUUCUCUUUUGAUAUUAUUCUUUUCUUAUGGCUCAUAAAGAGAAAAAAAUCUCCUAUUUAUUUAGGCAAAGUACAGAAAUAUAUACUAAUUUACUUCAGAGUUGAAUAUUCUUUUCCUAUGCAAAAAUGAUCAACAUUGUCCUUCAAAAAUGUUGAAAGUUUUUACCUAAAAAAAAUAUAGUACUACCUGUAUGUAUUUUUAUUGGUAUGUUAAAGACAGGCAUUAUAUUAUUAUAUUAUAUUAACUAGAAGAACUGGAAUUUAAGAAUAACUUCAGUACAACAGAAUCACAAUACACAAAGGGCCCUGGAUUAUCCAUGGCCUAUAUAGGGUACUCCGAGGAAUGGCUUUAAUUAAAAAUAAAGAGCUGCUUAAAAUUAAUUGGCAAAGUUUCAGCACUUAGAUUGUGCUCCAACUUGGUAAAUCGUUUUUGUAAAUGGUUUACAUAAUUUAGGUUCCAACUUAAUGAAGUAAUUUGUGCUUUUAUGCAUUUCGUCAAAUUACUUGAGCAAUAAUGAACUUAAAAAAACAAAGUGAAUCUAGAAAAUAUUGUCUAUAUGGUGUGGUAUCAGUGAUGUGCUGCACAUUGGAGCAAGCACCAGUGAACAAGACAUCACUAUACGUGUAAUUGAUAGAGUCCCCGUGUGAUCACUUAAUAGACUUGGAAAUAUUUUAGUAGUUAUAAAGACUGAGGAAUGAUGCACCUGAUGCACCUGAGUUGCAGUUGCUGUACGAUAUAUUGAAGAUUAUAAAGCUUGGAAAAAUGGUUAGUUUUGUGGUUUUGUUGUCACUUACUGGUUUUACACAAAUGCUACAGUGCAAUCUCAACAUGUAGCAAAACAGCUCACGGAUUCUUGAGAUACUUCACUAUUGUACCUGCAAUUCAUUGUUGAAUAUAAUAUUUGCACUUUGAGAUCAAUUAGAUGAUCGUUUGAAUGUUCUUAACACAAUUGUACAAUUUUAUUUUAUUUUACUUACUUUUGCAAACUUGAUGACUUUUCUUUCUCAGUAACUCAAUACAGAUUAAACAUAUAUAUAUUAAGAUCAACAGAACUGUAAAUAUGUAUCUAGGAAAGAAACAUUAGUGCUGUGUCUUGGCAGAAGGAAGAGGUAAAAUGAUACCCCUUUAAUACUCUCCAAUAAGAUUGAUAUUUUUUAUGAGUUAAAAUUUAUGCAUUUCAGUUUCAUAGCAAAAUUCCAUCAAAUUAAAUUGUGUAAUGUUUAACAAAAUUCGUUUAAUAAAGCUGAAAAUGUUUUUUUUUUUAUUUCAUUUAAGAUUUUAUGUAAUUUUGUUUUUUUGAAAUUCAAAUGCGUAAAUCUUAAAAUAUUUUUCAAUACUGUUAUUUGUAAAAUAAAAAAAAUAGAUUUUUGGAUCGUAUAAGUCAAAAUCAAAUUUCAAGAGGUUUAUUUAUUUCUUUAUUUUAGGCAUGAGAUGUUAGGCAGAAUUCAUCACCAGUCACAGCAAUGCCCAACGCCUAACAUCAUCUUUUGUGUUCCACCGAAAAAGAAAAAAAAAAUGUGUCAUACGGGUUUGGAACGGCAUGAGGAUGAGUAAAUGAUGACAGUAUUAUUUUUUUUUGGCUGAACUAUAAAGGAAUAGUUCAGCCAAAAAAAAAAAAAAAAAAAAAUACUGUAUCUGACAAUAUUUGACAUGACAGUUUAUAUUCAUUUAUUAUUAGAUGGUGUUGACAUGAGUGAUGGGCAAACAAACACACACACACACACACACACACACCAUGUUUACCUAUUUAACAAAACAAUUCUUUUGGUACAUAAACUUUAAUUUAUUUGUUAUAUGUUCAGUAAAGUAGCCUGUUUUGUCCCAAUACUCAAGAAUCAGUGAGCCUGUGACACCUGUGAAAACUAUGAAAUUAAUUUUGUCAUGUACGUUCAGUUCAUUCAUAUUUAAGCGAUUUUCUUCCCUCUCUUUUAACUUUCAGAUUAUAUUUUGCCUGACAAAUUUGUUCACUGCUUUACUAUUUUAUUUUUUUUUUAUUGUCCACACUGAAUUUAUAUCAUAGCACAACCAUGUUCUGAAUCCAAAGCACUGUUGACCUCUAUUGCACAUGUCCCAAGGGUUUUUCAUUUAUUUAUUUUUCCCCAGCAAAAUGAACAUAUACAGUGAUAAACAGAAGGAAAUGAUUGCAUGUGAUUAUAUUUUUUCUCAUCAUUGCAUUAAUAUAAUUAACCUGAAAAUAUUUGAUAUUUGAAAAAAUACUGUAAACAAGGGAUAAAAUAUAUAGUAAAAUAUAUGAAUAUAUCUAUAUAGAAGUUAUAUUUUUCAAGAUCAUUGUGUCAGCCAUUGCAGUUAUGCUGAAAACAAUCAGAAAAUAUACAAGUC